AUGCAAGGUUUAUCAAACAGUCACGGACACAGACCAAUACAAGGUUUAUCAAACAGUCACAGGACACAGACCAAUGCAAGGUUUAUCAAACAGUCACGGACACAGACCAAUGCAAGGUUUAUCAAACAGUCACGGACACAGACCAAUGCAAGGUUUAUCAAACAGUCACAGACACAGACCAAUACACGGUUUAUCAAACAGUCACGGACACAGACCAAUGCAAGGUUUAUCAAACAGUCACAGACACAGACCAAUGCAAGGUUUAUCAAACAGUCACAGACACAGACCAAUGCAAGGUUUAUCAAACAGUCACGGACACAGACCAAUGCAAGGUUUAUCAAACAGUCACGGACACAGACCAAUGCAAGGUUUAUCAAACAGUCACGGACACAGACCAAUACAAGGUUCAUCAAACAGUCACGGACACAGACCAAUGCAAGGUUUAUCAAACAGUCACGGACACAGACCAAUUCAAGGUUUAUCAAACAGUCACGGACACAGACCAAUGCAAGGUUUAUCAAACAGUCACGGACACAGACCAAUACAAGGUUUAUCAAACAGUCACGGACACAGACCAAUGCAAGGUUUAUCAAACAGUCACGGACACAGACCAAUACAAGGUUUAUCAAACAGUCACGGACACAGACCAAUACAAGGUUCAUCAAACAGUCACAGACCAAUACACGGUUUAUCAAACAGUCACAGACACAGACCAAUACACGGUUUAUCAAACAGUCACGGACACAGACCAAUGCAAGGUUUAUCAAACAGUCACAGGACACAGACCAAUACAAGUCACAGACACAGACCAAUACACGGUUUAUCAAACAGUCACGGACACAGACCAAUGCAAGGUUUAUCAAACAGUCACAGACACAGACCAAUGCAAGGUUUAUCAAACAGUCACAGACACAGACCAAUGCAAGGUUUAUCAAACAGUCACAGACACAGACCAAUGCAAGGUUUAUCAAACAGUCACGGACACAGACCAAUGCAAGGUUUAUCAAACAGUCACGGACACAGACCAAUGCAAGGUUUAUCAAACAGUCACGGACACAGACCAAUGCAAGGUUUAUCAAACAGUCACAGACCAAUACACGGUUUAUCAAACAGUCACAGACACAGACCAAUGCAAGGUUUAUCAAACAGUCACGGACACAGACCAAUGCAAGGUUUAUCAAACAGUCACGGACACAGACCAAUACACGGUUUAUCAAACAGUCACAGACACAGACCAAUGCAAGGUUUAUCAAACAGUCACGGACACAGACCAAUGCAAGGUUUAUCAAACAGUCACAGACCAAUACACGGUUUAUCAAACAGUCACAGACACAGACCAAUGCAAGGUUUAUCAAACAGUCACAGGACACAGACCAAUACAAGGUUCAUCAAACAGUCACAGACCAAUACACGGUUUAUCAAACAGUCACGGACACAGACCAAUGCAAGGUUUAUCAAACAGUCAUAGGACACAGACCAAUACAAGGUUCAUCAAACAGUCACAGACCAAUACACGGUUUAUCAAACAGUCACAUACACAGACCAAUACAAGGUUUAUCAAACAGUCACGAGCAGAUAGAUCGGGACACAAAUACACCGACUCAAACACAACACGUCCCCACAGAAAACAAGCAUCGAGUUAUUGUUAAAGGUAGCUUCGCAGCUCUAUCAGACCACAUCCGCCACAACCAAAGCCACAGCAUUCAGUGGGACAAAGUCAAAGCCCUCACCAUCAACCUCAAAGACUUCAAAAUCAGAAAACUACAAGAAUCCAUCAACAUCAAGAGACUCCAACCAUCAAUCAACCAUGACCAAGGCUGUUACAUACCACCGGCGUACCAUCAACUCAUCAAAGGCCCCAAUCAGUCAUAA